UAAUAAAACAAAACACUCGCUCUAUUCUGCUUAAAAAUCCCAAGAGAUCCUUCUGUUUAAGUUUGCUGUUCUCCCUCUCUCUGCGUUCUGCUACUAUCCUUCUACCUUAUCCCUUCUCUGCCCCUAACAAACUCUCAAGUUUGCUAAUUCAAACCAUGAGAGAAGAAGAGAGAGCCAUUUUAUCCUUCCAGACGUUACCAAACUUAAAAACCUCACUCUCUUCAAUCUCUGAAGCCACGCCCCACCGCGAACCUCUGUGGAGAAACGCGCAAUUCAGUUGCAGAAUCCGGAAUGGCGGAAAUAAUGGAAGUUUUGGCAAUUUUGCUUCAGUUUCAAUGGCGGAGACUAAGGAAGAUGGAAGAAAUGAGUUCGCACCGAGUUCGGCUCAGCUAUUGAAGUAUCCGUUGGCAAUACUGGCUUAUGUGCCUAGAGAUGCUGCGAUUUUUGCCGCUGGAGCUGUCGCUGGUGCCGCAGCGAAGACUGUCACGGCUCCGCUUGACCGUAUAAAGUUACUCAUGCAGACUCAUGGAGUGCGGGCCGGGCAAGAAAGUGCUAAGAAGGCAAUUGGUUUCAUUGAGGCAAUAGUGAUGAUAGGGAAAGAAGAAGGAGUCAAAGGGUACUGGAAAGGAAACCUUCCGCAGGUGAUUCGGAUCAUACCAUAUAGUGCUGUCCAGCUCUUGGCUUAUGAAACUUACAAGAAAUUGUUCAAGGGAAAGGAUGGUGAGCUUUCAGUUAUUGGCAGACUUGCUGCAGGUGCUUGUGCAGGCAUGACAUCUACUUUUGUAACAUAUCCUUUGGAUGUCCUGAGAUUACGCUUAGCGGUUGAUCCUGGCUUUCGCACUAUGUCUGAGAUUGCAUUGACAAUGUUACGAGAGGAAGGAGUUGCGUCAUUUUACUAUGGUCUUGGGCCUUCUCUUCUUGGCAUUGCUCCAUAUAUUGCCGUCAACUUUUGCAUUUUUGACUUGGUGAAGAAGUCAUUGCCGGAGAAGUACCAACAGAAGACUCAAUCAUCUCUACUGACAGCUGUGGUGUCUGCAGCUGUUGCAACACUCACGUGUUAUCCUUUGGAUACAGUAAGAAGACAAAUGCAAAUGAAGGGUACCCCUUACAAAUCAGUUUUGGAUGCCUUUCCAGGAAUCGUGCAGCGUGAUGGAGUUAUAGGCUUGUAUAGGGGUUUUGUGCCCAAUGCAUUGAAGAACCUUCCAAAUAGCAGCAUUAGGCUGACCACUUUUGAUAUCGUGAAGCGUCUAAUUGCAGCCAGUGAGAAAGAGUUUCAGAGAAUUGUGGAGGAAAACCGCCACAAACAAAGCCAGGACGCCAGCAUCGUCUAGCGCUAGAGGAACAUGUUCGUGUAGGAAUUAUGAUUUUGGCAAUUGCAUGCCUGCAUGAUUUGUUAGGAUUCUUAGCUGCCGGUAAGUUUUGCUGGGGCUAUUGUUUUCGCAAGAUGGUUACGUGCUAGUCAGGGUAGCUUAUAAUAUAGGCCCAGUCGAUUUGUUGUCUUCAUUGCAUCAUCAAUGACAAAUAUUUUGUGCAAUUGAGGAUCUUAGAUUCAGGCUUCCUAACAGAAGAAACUGCUUUCUUUUUUUAAAUCAGCGGAAACGACAUUUUCUGAAAACAGAAUUUACUAAAAUUGAUAUGCAAAUUUAUUGUUAGCCUAA